AACAGUUUGAGAUUUUAUCCGUGUGUUUCGUGGAAGAAAAUUGUGUAAGUUACCAAUUAAACGCGUAUAAAACUGUUUAGAAAUUGUGUAUAAAUGUUGUACAAAUCGAUUCAAGAGUAAUUGUUGCUGGUAGCUGGACGGCCGCUGCCGCAACAGCAACAACAACAACGUCGACCCAAAUAAAAAGAAAGAAAAUACAGAGGAAAGCAAAACGGUGAAGAGGAGAGUUAAGAAUCUGUUCGGCGAACUAAUUAAAAAUUCAGAUCAUGGAUGAGGCGAACAUGCAGGAUAAGGAGCGGUUUGCGAGUCGCGAGAACCACUGCGAGAUCGAGCGAAGACGUCGCAAUAAAAUGACCGCCUAUAUAACUGAACUAUCGGAUAUGGUGCCAACGUGUAGUGCCUUGGCGCGCAAACCGGACAAAUUGACGAUAUUGCGCAUGGCCGUAGCCCACAUGAAAGCGCUAAGGGGCACCGGAAAUACCAGCAGCGAUGGCACAUACAAGCCCUCAUUUCUCACAGACCAGGAGCUAAAGCAUUUGAUUUUGGAGGCAGCCGACGGAUUUCUGUUUGUGGUUUCCUGUGAUUCGGGACGUGUAAUCUAUGUUUCGGAUUCGGUGACGCCAGUGUUAAACUAUACGCAAAGCGAUUGGUAUGGCACCAGCUUGUACGAGCAUAUCCAUCCAGACGAUCGCGAGAAAAUCCGCGAACAGUUGUCCACACAAGAGUCGCAGAAUGCGGGUCGAAUAUUGGACUUGAAGUCUGGCACUGUGAAGAAGGAGGGCCACCAGUCCUCGAUGCGCUUGAGCAUGGGAGCUCGUCGUGGUUUUAUUUGUCGAAUGCGCGUGGGCAACGUGAACCCCGAAUCCAUGGUCGCCGGCCAUUUAAAUCGCCUAAAACAACGCAAUUCAUUGGGACCAUCAAGAGAUGGCACCAAUUACGCUGUAGUGCAUUGCACGGGCUAUAUAAAGAACUGGCCACCAACCGAUAUGUUUCCGAAUGUGCACAUGGAUCGCGAUGUAGAUGAUAUGGCCUCGCACUGCUGUCUUGUGGCCAUUGGACGCCUUCAAGUGACAUCGACAGCGGCCAACGACAUGACCGGAAGCAACAAUCAAAGCGAGUUUAUUACACGUCAUGCUAUGGAUGGAAAAUUCACGUUUGUGGAUCAGCGUGUGUUAAACAUUCUAGGCUAUACUCCAACCGAAUUGCUGGGCAAGAUUUGCUACGACUUCUUUCAUCCCGAGGACCAGAGUCACAUGAAGGAGAGCUUCGAUCAAGUUCUCAAGCAGAAAGGACAAAUGUUUUCGCUCCUUUAUCGCGCCCGUGCCAAGAGUGGAGAGUACGUUUGGUUACGUACACAGGCCUAUGCAUUCCUGAAUCCCUAUACCGAUGAAGUCGAAUACAUUGUAUGCACGAAUAGCUCGGGUAAGACGCUACAUGCUGGUGCUCCUCACGAUGCUCACACGCCGGACCAACAGCAGCAACAACAACAGCAGCAGCAGCAACAACAACAACAGCAAGAGCAUGUGUAUGUCCAGGCACCUGGUGUGGACUUUACGCUUCAGGCACGCCGAGAUGUGCCGCCCACUGGCAGCGCGCCCGGUACUGAUGGUAUGUAUCAGACGCACAUGCUCGGUGGUCCUCAUAUGCAAGCACCGACACCCCUGAGUGCCCAACAACAGCAACAGCAGCGUCCUGCUUCCGCUCAGAACACACCUGUAGGCUUCAAUUAUGACACGACGCACUCGCCCUAUGGCGCCGCAACCGGUGGAGGACCUUCGCCAUUGGCCAAAAUUCCCAAGUCUGGCUCAUCACCCACGCCCACAGCUUGGGGAGCGCUACGCCAAACGCCCCAGCAGCAGCAGCAACAACAGCAGCCCGUCACUGAGGGCUAUCAGUAUCCGCAGACGAGUCCCGCACGCUCACCCAGCGGUCCCACAUACACGCAGCUUAGUGCUGGCGGCAAUGGGAAUCGUCAACAGGCCGGAGCCUAUCAGACGGCGCCACCUCCGCCGCCGCCCAAUGCGCCUGGCAUGUGGGAUUGGCAAAAUGCCGGCGCCCAUCCGCAUCCACCACAUCCAGCGCACCCCCACCAUCCGCAUGCGCAUCCUGGUGGUCCGGGUGGGCCACAGCCACAGGGUCAAGAGUUCUCCGACAUGCUGCAAAUGUUGGAUCACAGCGCCACAACAACGUUUGAGGAUCUAAAUAUAAAUAUGUUCACAACACCGUUUGAGUAAAGCAGCUGGAAAUAGGGUCCACUCCUCCCUACCCGUAUCUCUCUCUUCUCAUAUCUUUCUCUCAUAAAGUGCAAUCGCAGAAGCGCGCAAAUUGUUAAAAAUAUUUAAAGAAAAUGCAAAAUAGCCAACAAAAGCUGCUAAAUGUAAUCUCGUAAAUAACCAAUUAAGUACAUAACGGUAGUCACGUACCAUACCUACACAUAACGGCACAUACAGCGCGCUGCUGAUAUCCACAUACAGACAAACAUAUGUAUGUGCUCUAUUCGCUACACAUUCAUACAUACAAACAUACAUACACUUUCUGCCAAGCAGUGCAAAACAAAUAUAAAAAAUUAUUUACAAUUACAAUUUAACUAUUCGUAGCUUGUAAGUGGCGCUCAUUUAAAAGUUCAUUGCAUUUUCGAAUUGAAUUAACAAUACAUAACACAAAUUUUUACAUACAUAGAUACAUGCUUAAUUGUAUUGUAAUUGUAAUUCCUAGACUAAUAUUAUAUACAAAUUUUAAUUGUGUAGCACUUAUAAGUACACCCACACAAUUGCAUUUUCGAACAACAUUGACCCCAUUUUUAAACUCAAUUCUCAGCUGCAUUUCGUUUCACUGUAAAAUCAGUUCAAGUGCAAACAAAAUUAUAGUUUAGAAUAACAACAGACAGCAGCAACAAUAAAAGUGCUUAUUUGUGCAGCUUUUUCUUCUCUCUGUGUUGCAAUGACCAAAUUGCCAGCUCAUGUAAACAAUAAUAAUACACAGUAGCCGCCUAAAUAAUGUGCACAUGUCAUUGCUGGGGAAAGUAACAUUUAAUUAGUUUAAAUAAGCGUAUUUACGCACUACAUGAAUACAUUUUUAAACAAAUUUUUGAUAAGCUAAGACUUUGUAAUUAAGCAAUCAGCGCUAUACAUACAUAUACAAUGCAUUACGCACACUCUACUUGGAAUAAUUAAGAGAGCACUAAGUUACAAUUCAAUCAACAAAACAAUAUAAUGAAUUUCCGUGCUCCAUAACUUUUUUAAGUAGGUGUUUAAGUAUUUCAAUUUGAUAAUUUAGAACAAAAAAAUGUCGGUUUUUAAUGCAAAUAAACUUAAUGUACUACCAUAAA